AAAACGCUGGGCUUCGUGGCCCCCUUUGUUCUCUUUUAUAGAUACGAAAAAGAGAGAGUAAGAAGGAAAUACUAUGAUAUUGAACUCAGCUGCAGGCAUUGGCAUGGCUGUCCCUUGCACUUGCAGGCCUCCAUUAUUAUUAAGGCCCAUGUGCUUAAGCUCCAACAUUAACACAGAGCAGCUACGUGCCCAGCUUGAUCAGCUUCACUCUGAGGCAGCAAGAACCAGAGCCAAAGCAAACAGUGCAAGAUUGAGGCUUCUGCGAUUGUCAGAAGCAGCUGAGAAGAUUCAACGACAAGCAGCUAUUAGUGUCCAAACUGGGAAGGAAAAUGAUGCGAGAGAACUACUUUUUCAGAAGAAGAAGGUUAAGCAAGCUUUGGAGAAGUCAAAGAGCUGCAUUGAAUUGCUUGAUGAGCUUUCCACAAAGCUUAACAAGGCCAUAUCUCUGAAAGAAAGUCAGCUGGUUGGGAAUGUUGCUUUGGAUCUUGAAGUCAGCAAUGAAAAUGCACCCAGUCCUGUUUGGAUUAUUACGCCAAAGCAGGAAAAUAAAGAAGAUCUGAAUGAGAACAUAGAAGUUGAGCCUCAUGUGCUGGACCUUGAUGGCCAACAAGCUGUUGGUAAGGAGCCAGAGGAUAUUCAAGCUUCUUUGAGUGUUGGCAUUUGGAAUGAUAAUGACCUAAUCCAUGGCUUGAGUGGAAUAUCUUCUUAUGAUGAAUUCUUGGAACAUAUAGAUCAAGAGCUUAGCAAAAUUGAAGCAGAACUUGUCACCAUCUUGAGGGUCUCAACCUUGGUACUAGAUAGCAAAGAGACACCAAAAAAUUCAAAGGUGCAGCAAACUCAGGAACUUCUUGAGAGCAUCUGUGGGAUUAGAAAAAGAAUUGCAAGUAUCAAGUUGACAAAGGUAGAGACCAGAUGAUAUUUCAUCUUUUCGUACUCAAUUUUCAGCAGGCAGGCGAGGAUUGAUUCUAUGUAUUGUGGUGCUGACAGCUAGAGAGAGAAUAUGAAAAGAUUGUGAGAGCUCAAUCCUAGACUGGCUGGUUUUUCUUUUGAUGUGUAUUAGUAACUAUAUUAUUACAAGUUUUCCCUUAUAUAUAAUAUCCAUAACACUUUCCCCAAGCUGGAGCGUAGGUAUCUAUCUUGCCCAUCUUACUAAGCUCCUUAGUAAAUACGUCUCCUAAUUGAUCCCAAGACUUGACAAAGGAAGUAACAACUUGUUUCACAUACCAUAUCUCAAUUAAAGUCAGUCCACCUCGAUUUGCUUU